AGUCAUGGAUUCCACCUCGUCACCGCUUAGCGAAGGGUCGUAUUCCAUUGACUCGAGAGUGAAUUUUGAAGAAGUUAGAAGACGCUCUCCCUUUCCUAGAGUGCCUAGAUCAUCACGUUCUAGAUCGCGCUCCUGGUCAAGACGAUACGACGUAUCAUCGCAGGAUCGCUAUCGACACAGGAGAGACAGAAGCAGAGAACGUAGACGUCGGGACAGAUCAAGAUCACGAGAUCGGCUUCGUAGACGUUCACCACGCCGGUCAUCAAGGAGCCGCUCCAGAUCUCGACGCAGAGAGCGUUCUUCAAGAUCCUCGCAGACGCCCCCACCUACGCCUGUCCUAGACCGAAUCUUCCCAAAGGAGGCUUCAGCCCAACUAGCAUCUUGGAUGUCUGUAGGACAGAAACCAGCUCAGACCAGAGAGCUGAGGGACAUUUUUAAACCGGCGUUCGAGGACGAAAAUUUUCUGUUGUCAUGCCCAAAAAUGGAUGACGUGGUAGAGCGACAGAUUUCCCGCAACAGGCACAGUAAAUUCAUCGCACAGAGAGAGUUGAUAUGGAAAUCAACACAGCUUAAGGUAUUAGAUAUCGUCAGACCGCUAAUUUCGCUUUGGAACCGCUUAGCUCCAAAUACAGAGGAAGGGUCGAUAUUGGAGAGCGCGAUCGGUCUUUGGGCGGAAGCUCACUUUUUUAUCUCAAAAAAUAGGAGAGCCAACGUGAUGAAUAGCGUUUAUCCACGCUUCAAAUCCCUUUUGAAAGACCCCGCCAACUUUUCGCCUUCGGAAGUUGCCCAGCUUUUUGGUCCGACCUUUACAUCCGCUCUUCUGCAAGCAGCCGACGAGGACGCAAAGUUACAAAAAGUCGCAUCAGUCGGAAGGAUCAGUGGAGGAUUCGGCCAAAAAACUCAACAGAAACCAGCGGAUAAGCCAGAGGAUCAUCGCCCCGGGACUUCGAGACAAGGAGACCCGUCGGAGAGACGUGGUUACCAGACAAGGUACACUGAUUGUCUCCCUCUUUUCUUUCCGGUCGUUAAGACACCCACUCUGGGUAGGACGUCUGCCUUAGUCAGAAAAAAUGUAGGAGCUAGACUUAGAUUCUUUGCGGUAGCGUGGCGUGCGUUGACCAACGACCCUUGGAUCCAUGAGAUCAUAGAGUCGGGUUACAAAAUCGUUUUCGAGUCUGCACCUUUUCAAUCUAAAGAACCGGGGGAAUGCGUAAUGAGUCAGCAAAUGGAUUUGGUCUGCGACGCGGAAGUAUCGGAUUUAUUGAAGAAAGAGGCCAUUGUCAAAGCCCCAGAAACACCGGGUUUUUACAGUAGAUUGUUCGCCAUUCCUAAGAAAACGGGGGGUUAUAGGCCGAUAAUCAACCUAAAGAAUCUCAACCAGCACAUAGUUUACAAGCAUUUUAAAAUGGAGGGGUUGGACGUUGUAAAAAAUUUAUUAAAAAAGGGGGAUUGGAUGGCUAAACUUGACUUAAAAGAUGCCUACCUGACGGUACCCGUGUGCUUCGCCCAUCAGCCUUUUUUGCGUUUUAGGUGGAGAGAAAACGCCUACCAAUUUACAUGUUUACCUUUUGGGCUGACGCCGGCCCCUCGGGUGUUUACUAAACUUUUAAAACCUGUAAUGGCGGCCCUACGUUCGAAAGGGGUAAGGGUGAUCAUCUACCUAGACGACAUGUUAUUUUUAAAUGAGAGGAGGGAGGGGCUGUUAACAGAUGUGAAGCUAGCGUCAGACCUCCUUCAAGGGCUUGGUUUUCUCAUCAACUGGGAAAAAUCCCACCCGUCACCUACCCAUACUUUGGAAUUCCUAGGGAUGAUUUUGGAUUCCCCGUCGCUGGCCUUCAUUUUACCAGAAAAGAAGAGGGAAAAAACUCGCAAGCUUUGUGUUCAGGCGCUGAAAAAUAAUAGGAUAAAAUUAAGAGACCUUGCAAAGAUAAUGGGCAACUUUGCUUGGGCCAUUCCGGCCGUGCCGUUUGCACAAGCUCAUUACAGGAAAGUCCAGCGCGAUUUAAUUCGGGCACUGCACAAAAAUGUGGGGGAUUUCGAAAGCUGUUUCACCUUAUCCGAGGAAGCUAAAGCUGACCUUAGCUGGUGGAUCACGAAUAUGGACUCAUCAAAAGGUAAAGUCAUUUUUUUCAGGCGAGCCGGACAUGACUAUCUUUUCGGAUGCGUCGCUGACCGGAUGCGUCGCAUUAACGGGAGCACCGCUAGAGGUCCUUGGUCCGUGGAAGAUGGCCAAAGACACAUAAACGAGUUGGAACUCCUGGCCGCUUUUUUCGCCCUCCAGUCGUUUGCCGUUGCCGUUUGCCGUUGCUGA